AUGUAUAUGUUGUUAGGUAGAGCAAAGUUUGACCUGGGUAAUAAUGAAACGUUACUGUUUGCGUCUGGUGAAGAUGAAGAAAUAGAAGUGGACGAAGAAUAUCUAGAUCACUUGGAAGCCAAAUCCUUACUUAUUGUUAAAGGAGAGAGAGAUGCAUCAGGACAUGAUGAUGAUGAUGGUGAUGAUAGGGAUGAGGAUGAUAAUGAUGAUGAUGAUGAUGGUGGUGAUGAUGCUAAUUAUUUAGGUGAGAAAAUAUUUGAUAUUUGUACCCAGAGAAAUGUAGACUUAAAAUUAUCCGUAAACUUAUGUCUACAAAUAGGAAAUCAAGUUCGUGGAAGAAACAGUGAAAGAGUUGAUACAGUAAUUGACAAUGCUGAUAUGAAUAAGUGGUGGAUUGUACAGGAAGACGCAGGCGUAAAGCAACAUAUUCUUAAGCACGGAUUGAAGGGCAUUACAAGCGUUCUUAGUGUAAACAUGAAUGUUUGGAAAAGUAAACCUCUGAACAUUGCUGUGACUGGAGAAUCGGGAAAAGGCAAGUCAAGCUUUAUAAAUGCUUUCCGAGGUUUGUCUGCUGGAGAUAAAGGUGCUGCAAAAAUUGAUGAAGUAGAAUGUACAAGAGACUGUCGAGCUUUUCGUCAUCCAAAGUACGAUAGUUUUGUUCUGUGGGAUGUGCCUGGAGUUGGGACGAACACAUUUCCUAAAGAGAAAUACUUGGAUGCUAUCCAGAUAGACAGAUUUGAUUUCUUCAUGAUAGUUUCGUCAACAAGAUUCUUCGGAUUAGAAACUUGGCUUGCCAAAGAAGUAAUGAAGAGAAAAAAAAAGAUUCUACUUUAUUCGUACGAAAAUCGACGAAGAUAUGAAAAAUAAGAAAACAAGAUUUGAAAAACAGGGAAAGCAUUUUAACAAAAUCGAGGAGUUCAAAGAGAUGAAGACUAAUAUAUAUAAGGAACUACAUGACGUUUUCCACGUGAAGAAGUUACAUUUCUUUAUGAUUUCAUCCUGGCAAAUAUGACUUUCCAUUCAUUCUUGAUCAGUUACUGCGUGAUGUGCCAGAUGAAAAGAAAGAUGCGAUGGUGUUUGGUCUCAGAGGAAUGUCACAAAACAUUCUCGAAGAAAAGGCUUCAGCACUUAGGUCUCGAAUAUGGAAAGUAGCUCUAUUGUCCGCAGUAGGGGCUGGAAUCCCGAUACCGUUCGUCUCAGCUGGCAUCGAUGCAGCGGUGAUUCUUGAAGAGAUUCUUUUUUAUAGAGAACAAUUCGGCCUAGAUGAUCAAUCUCUUGAACAUCUUGCCGAUAUGGCCGGCACCUCGCUAGAAGAUCGCAAAAGGUCCGAUGAUUUCAGAGCACCAAACACGUUGUUUACUUCAGCAGGACUGGCCAAAUUUUUAACAAAAUACGCAGCAAGAGAAGUUGCUGAACAGGUUGUGAAGUUCACGAUUCCAGUCGUUGGGGUAGCAAUUUCCUGCGGCAUUUCAUAUAGCACUACAAUGGGAAUCCUUGCUCAGCUUCUUGAAAUUAUGAAACAAGAUGCCCUGAAAGUUUUAAGAGUAUGUUAUUAAAAGCAGAGAAACUGCCGUGUAAUGCUGUGUAGCAGUGCUAAAUACCAUUUGUAAGACGAC